UACAUAUACUAGGCCUUAGUCUGAUCAACGGGGAAGGAGGGCAGAGCCUCAACCUCAUGUCACUUAGAUAUGGCGCGAGGAUCCAUUGGCUGCGCCUCGGGGGCCGUGAGGCUCAAAUUACAGCCCAGGCGAUCUUGGAAGGCUGUGACGGCCGAUUCUCGCCAACAUAUAAAGCCCGCUUUACGCUCAGCAAUCUCGUACCACCUAAUUCUUCAUCAUCAAUCAUGGACUUGAUGCAUCUCCCCCCCGAACUGCUCUGUCAGAUCAUCGACCUUGCCGUGCCUGAACAUUAUUUUGAUGGCCUCUAUAGGCGUAGUGCAGUCAAUCUACGUCUCGUUAAUCGCUUCUUUGACAGUCAAGUUCUCUGGGUAUACGCAGCACGGAAUUUCUCCAAUCAAUGCUGGAUGGCGAGUAUUAGAAACCACGAUGAAGCUAUGUUGGCUUUUACUACAAGAUAUCUUCUUCAACGGCCACAUCCAGCACCAGACCCGAGAGGAAAUUUCGCAUGCCUAGUCAACUACAUUGUUGAUGAGCCGGUGAAAUAUGACGCUGGCGACUCUGCAAGCAGCGAAAAGCUACGAUACGAGUAUAUGCAUGCUCUCUGCAAAUGGAGCACUCCGACAUUCUUACAGUUGCGGCAUUACCUUGCCCUCCCGCCCUCUGGAGAUAAGCAAGACGCUGUCUUCCUUGCGGCGGUUUAUUUGAAUAAGCGGAAUCUUAUUCAGGACAUGCUUCAGGAUUCUCGAAUAAACCUCAAGACAAUGAAGCAUGGAUAUUUCGAUACACCCUUACAUGCAGUCACCAAAGGCAGACACUAUGACCUCGUCUAUGAGCUUCUGCAGCAUGGAGCUGAUGUCAAUCAAGGUAGUAUCUUGAAAUGGGCCAUCUCUGAUAACCAUGAGGAUAUUUCCUACCUGCUAAUACAACCACAAUAUGAACUAUCACGACUUGGUCUGGACACUUCUAGAUCGACUGACUGCUCCCAUAUCAGGAUUCCGGUAUUUGCUUUCCGAAGGUCUCUGUGCGGCUUGUCGACUGGGCAUGAUGGAUAUCGUGAACCGAUUACUUGACAACGGAGGCGACCCAAAUGUGACUCGAGCCCAUGAAGGAGCAUCUUUCCAUG